AUGAGCUUCCUACAACAGUUGCUGUUGAUUAGUCUCGUAGGCAUCGUCUUCGGUGCUUAUGCUCUCUCACGUAUUGGGCAACGACCGCCUGGUCUUCCACCUGGUCCGGUAACCCAGCCGUUUUGGGGGAACAUUAAGCAGAUGCCCAAGAGAGACAUGUACAACCAAUUUCAGAAGUGGGCGCAGGAGUACGGGCCGAUCUACAGUAUCAAAUUGGGCGUACAGACGAUGAUAGUGCUUUCGGAUGGGAAGGCGGUUAAAGAACUAAUUGAUAGGCGGAGCGCGUCGACAAACGAACGAGGGCCACAUUACAUUGCUCAUGACCUCCUCGGUGAUGGUCAACGCAUAUUACAAAUGCGCUAUGGGCCCGACUGGCGGUUGUCACGCAAGCUGUACCAUCGCUUGUUGACCACAACUAUGGCCAAAACCUAUUUACCAUAUCUAGAGCUUGAGAGCAAGAAGAUGUUGUACGACCUGAGUACGAACCCAGAUGGAUUCUUAUAUCAUAUUAAGAGGCAAUGUUGUCGAAAUAAAGGUUAUGACAACCCUACAAUGAGGGAGAUUCUCAAGUCGUUGGAAAAGACAUCAAGCAUUAUUCAAGUCACUUCGGCAGCGUUAGCCGACGCGUAUCCCAUCAUGCAGUGGUUACCGGCUUGGCUAUUCCCUGCGAAGAAAAAGGCCAUCGAGCACACCAAGACUGAACGGUCGAUUUACUUCAGACUUUGGAAUCGUGUCAAACAAUCUAUGGCAGAUGGAACCCAGAAACCCUGCUUUGCGGCUGAUUUAGCAAGACUACAGGAGAAGGAAGGGUUCACAGAUCUAAGAGCUGCAUACGUGUCAAGUGGCUCGAUGGAGGCGGGGACCGGUACCUCAUCGAACAACUUGCUUGGCUUCAUUCAAGCGUUGAUACUAUUCCCAGACGCUUUGAAGGAGGCACAGCGAGAACUUGACCGAGUGGUUGGUGACGAUCGACUGCCUGACUUGGACGACCGGCCCAAUCUGCCAUAUCUUCGAAGCUGUGUAAAGGAGUCUCUAAGGUGGAUGCCUCCUGUCAUCGUCGGCAUCCCACAUUGCCUAUCAUGCGACGAAACAUACAAUGGUUAUGUGUUACCCAAGGGUGCCGAGCUUCUAAUCAAUGUAUGGACUCUCAACAACGAUCCGACGCGCUAUAAAGACCCGCGAACAUUCAAUCCUGCUCGAUUCCUGAAUGAUGAGCAGACUUCCUUCGAGGCAGCGACAAAUCCAGACCCUGAUCGGCGAGAUCAUUACGCCUUUGGGGGCGGUCGCCGGCUCUGUCCCGGAACACAUCUUGCCGACGACAUCCUAUUCCUAGCUAUGUCGAGACUGGUAUGGGCGUUCAACUUCACCCCAGCCGUCAUCGACGGCAAGGAAGUACCUCCAACGCCGGAGCGAUUUACUCAGACGGCUGUGGUCAUGCCUGAGCCAUAUCCAGCGACCAUUUUACCGAGAUCUGCCAAACGGGCGGCCAUGAUUAAGAAGGAUUGGGAACAAGCCAGAGACAAUCUUCUUGAUGAACAGUUGCAGUGGCGAGAGAUUCCUCGUGGGAUGAAAUUUAGUGAACUAUGA